CUCCUGCAGAGCCGUGUAAACAGGCCCGCAGCGCUUGAUGCGGCCCUGCUUCGUCCGCGUCUCCGGCAUGCUGCAGGCGGCCCCGGGCAGCCUGGUCGCGAGCGCAGCGCCCACCUGAGGUAACUCCCGCGGUGUCGCGACCGCUGGAUCUCACGCCGCGCGCAGCCGCCGUCACCCGCCGCGGACGAGGCCGGCGGAGCCCCUGGCCCCGGUAGGGGGUGUGGCUGCCCUCUGUGAGGUCCGCGACAGGUGGGCUGGGCGGGGGCGGCCGCCAAGGCCUGGGUUCUGUGCUGUCCUGGGCCGGGGUCCCAGCUCCCGGCUCCCAGCCGGCCGAAAGGCUGCAGCGACCUCGAGCCGUGGGCCCUUCCGCCCCCGCGCUCGACGCUGCGCUGGGGGCCCGGUCAAGCCAGGGGCCGCACGCAGGCUCUGUCGGGCGCUGGGGCCCGGUGGGCUGCCUGCGGGGAAUCCCGAUGAAGUCCUGCCCCUAACGGAUCCCGAGACCUUGGGCAAGUCAGCCCUCGCCCUUGGUCAGAGUUUCUACAUCUGUAAAAUGAAAGUCUGGACUAGGACCUUCCACUUCUGACCUGUGUGAUCUCGAGAGACCUGCAUACGUUGGAAGCUGCCAGAAAAAAAGCAUAGCUGUAAGUCCAUGGCCCAAAAUGACUCUACCACUGGAGACUGUCUUCUGUGAAGAAGACGAGCAGACAGGAGGCUGUGAUGAGCAUACCACUGCAUCAGCUCUCGGCCAUUCCAUCCCAGGAUGCCACCUCCGCCAGAGUCUACAGAAUUAAGACCAAAGAAAAGGAGAGAGAAGAACAGAAUGAGAAGACUUUGGGACAUUCCAUGAGUCAUCCCAGUAGCGUCUCUAAGGCUGGGGGUCCUCCGCUGGCGUCCGCUCCAGUGUCUGCCUUCUCCCGCACUUCUGUCACGCCUUCCAGUCAGGACAUCUGCAGUUCCAGUGCAGUGUUUUCUGAGUGUUGUCACCACAGUUCGGUGCAGUCUGCUGUUGUCUUGAAAGCUGCUCAAUGCCAGAGUCCCCUGACACAAGGGCCCACUGUGACAGUUAUCUGUAAGGACACGUUACAGGCAUCAGACAGAAAUUCCUGUGGUUCAGAACGGGCCCAGGCCUUGAAGCCUGCUAAGAAUACCAAAUCCAGAAGAACACUAAAGUUCUCAAAAUCCCUAAACGAUAUGGGUGAGAAGGCCCAGGAUACUUUGGAAAGUUUUGACUAUGUGGAAAGAACUUGCUCUGAAGGGAAAUUGGUGCUCUUUCAAGAUCCGUGUCUCAGAACGAACAGGUUCCAUCAUAAAGAAAACAGAACACUGAAUAGCAAACCUCUGGGCCAUUCCAAACAGUCUUGUGUUUCAUCCCUGUCUGCCAAUCAUCCAGCUGCCUCAGAGGUGGGAGGUGGCAAGGGGGGUGUACCCAUGCCUCUGUGGGAGGAGAAGGCGGGCAGCGUGUCCGUGCCCAGAAGCCGCCGGCUGCUCCGGUAUCUGCUCUCGCUCUCGCUCGGCUCAGGCGCCAGCAGCCUGCACAGGCCCCACGAGCGGGAGGGCUGUGCCGCAUACCUGCACGCCGCCCGGUCCUCCGGAGGGCUGGCCGGGAGCACGGGCUUCUGCUCUGAUGAAAUGGGAGACGAUGACGUCUUUGAGGACAGCACUUCUGCACAGUCCAAGAGCAAGGUCCUGCGGGCGCCCCUCUGCUCAGUGGAGAAGGACAGUGACCUGGAUUGUCCUUCUCCUCUCUCUGAAAAACGCCCUCCCAUCUCCCCUGUGUCCACAUCAGGGGACACCUGCAGGAUCUGCCACUGUGAAGGGGACGAGGACAGCCCUCUGAUCACCCCCUGCCGCUGCACAGGGAGCCUCCACUUCGUGCACCAGGCCUGCCUGCAGCAGUGGAUCAAGAGCUCUGACACGCGCUGCUGCGAGCUCUGCAAGUACGAGUUCGUCAUGGAGACCAAGCUGAAGCCUCUGAGAAAAUGGGAGAAGCUGCAGAUGACGCCCAGUGAGCGCAGGAAGCUCAUGUGCUCUGUGACGUUCCAUGUCAUCGCCAUCACCUGUGUGGUGUGGUCCUUGUACGUGCUCAUCGACCGCACAACCGAGGAGAUCAAGCAAGGCCAGGCAACAGGAAUCUUAGAGUGGCCCUUUUGGACUAAAUUGGUGGUGGUGGCCAUCGGCUUUACCGGAGGACUUCUUUUUAUGUACGUUCAGUGCAGAGUGUACGUGCAAUUGUGGAAGAGACUCAAGGCUUAUAACAGAGUAAUCUAUGUUCAGAACUGUCCAGAAACAAGCAAAAAGAAUAUUUUUGAAAAACCUGCACUCACAGAGCCCAACUUUGAAAAUAAAGAUGGACGUGGACUCUGUCAUUCCGACACAAACUCUUGUUGCACAGAACCUGAAGACACUGGAGCAGAAAUUGUUCACGUCUGAUUGUGUGGAGGGUAUAGUGUUCCUGGACAUCCACGGACAGCUGAAGGAAAUUGUUUACUGCCAAUUGUGUCCCUUUUCUCACGUGCUUCAAUAGCACAGACUGGGCAGGUGACUCAUUUUAAUUGCUUCUGUUUUUCGAAACCCUCCUCAGUGAGUCUCCUGGAAGGCUCUCCCAUCGGCUGUGCACGGCUGGGUCCACUUCUGCCAGCAUGCCUAUGGGAAGGGAAGGUGGAAGAGCCCCCGGACACCAGGAUAGGGGGAGCUGGCCCAUGGUCUGGAUCAGAAUGAGAGAAUCACAUGCCAAACUGAAACCUGAGGGCAGAGCAGGAGCAGGGUGGCACCCGGGCCCUGAGGCUCAGCCUCUGCCAGUUGGCAGCAGCCCCCGCUGUGGAGCGAAGUGUUUGGGAAAGUCUGGUCACGAUGGGGGACUCCCCUCCUCACUAAGGAGAGCCGGGAGAUGAGAGCCGUCUGCCGAAGCUGCGGAGCUGCCGCCUCGGUGCUCUGUGCCUGGUGGCCAGUGGUUCACUAAGCAAACAGCACUUUACAAAAAAAAUCUUUAUUUUAUAAUAUGUGUCCAGUGAGACUGACAUUCAAAAGAAUGUCUCUUUUCAAACCUUCUCUUCAUGAACGUGAUUCUCUCUUUUAUGUUAUGACAGCCCUAAAACCCCUUUUGCCUUAUGUAUUCUAAGAAACAUGACGUCCAUUCUGUGUGCAUUAAAGGGACUUGUAACUAUAAAGCAAAACAAACAGAUAUGAGGCUUUUCCAUAACACUUCAUGGGAAUUAAUGGAUUCUAGAUGGCAAUUUGAGCAUAUUUCCUAUGGUUUCAAGCCUGUUUUAUGACAAGUCUUUAUAGGCCUGCCCUGAAUGUCGCUCAUUUGUCAACACUGAAAAGGAAGGGUUUAGAGGUCUAAACAAAAGGAAAGUGAGUAAUUAGAACAAAAAUGAAUAUUUAAAAACCAUUUGAAAACAGACAAGCCUCUGUAGUUUGUGCCGGCUUCACCCUGACAGAGGAAGCGUGCACCACCCUGGUGUAGGGUGCUGCUCCUGGCUGCCUGCCACCUCUGCCAGCUUCCGCUCCUGGGAGGUUCUGUGGAUCACUGCCGAGAGGCAGACUCUGGGACGAGGGCCAGGAGUGAGCAGCAAGCUGCCAUGGUCCACUGGUCAGUGCCCCAGCCACCCCACCCAUUCGUCGCCUUAACUGGACUGAGCAGAGAGGACGCUUAGGGGCCCCUGGCCCUGUGAUCGGUCUGUUCUGUCAUCAGGGAUUAUCUCCUGUUCCAUUCUGCAUGAAACAAACAAAACCAAAAUCGCUACCAUCAAAUGGCCUUUGUCCCUUAAAAAGUCUGCUUAAAAUUGUUUUUAAAAACCUGUUUUAUCACACCAGGCAAAAGAGUCACCUCCAGGAAAGCAGGCCAGGAGGGUCUGUGGUAUGACGUGCGUGUGUGCAGAGCCUCCUCUGGGGGUAAGGUGCCCGGGGUCCUCUGCGUCUUAGCUGCCUCCUGUCUCGUUGCCAGGACGAAGCAAACACAAGGUGAUCCCUUUGCUUUCCAGACUGGAAGCCCUGCGGCUUGAGUUAGAAGGAUGAGGGUGUCUGAGCUCUCGGGGAGGCGUGUGGUAGCAGACUGCUCUGCUCUCUUCUCUCACCCAGAGUCUGACUCUGGGCUCACGGGGUCUGGGCUGAGGAGCUGCUCUGCCGUGGUCUUUCUCUGGCCAAGCAGACGCUAUCUAGAUGCAGCCAGCCCUUCACCCCUUUCUCUGGUCAGACGGCCCUCCUGUCUCCCAGGCCACCUCGCGCCCAUGCCUGUGAUCACUGUGCCCCAAAGUGCAAUUAUCCACCUCGCCCCUCUCAGCUGUGUUAGCCCUGCCUCUGCCCCUUGGGAACUGCCUCAGCAAGGCGCGGCGUGUCUCUGCCACCCUCUGACAGCCAGGAGUGCUCAGGCAGACAGGGGUAGCUUUUUAAGUGGGAAUUCUUCCGUCUCCCCUGAUGGAACCCCUUAUGCUGAACUUGAAAAGUACUGAGGCUUCCUGUAGAGGUAAGUGUGCUUCGGUAGUGACAGCCCCUGGGCAGGGUCCCCCUUCCAGCCCCCCGUAGCUGGCACCCCCUAUGGCAAAGGUGCCUUUGUAACCAUAGCUGUGUGUUGCUCCCAUGCCCAGCCACGUUCUCCCAUGAAGCCCUGUCACUUGUUUUCAGGAAGCCCAACGCCAUCUCAUCACCACACGCCAUGCUCCUACAGCCCCUCUGCCAGUGGAAGUCUGUCCCAUACCUUCCUUUCCUCUCUCGGAACAGCGCACAGAUGCCCCCUUGCUGUUCUCUUUUCUCGCAGGUUCCAGUUGAGCACCUCUGACCCAGUUCUUAGUCCCAGCUGUCACCUCUUCCCACUGGGGACCCACAGUGAGGCAUGUAGCCCUGGCCAGGCUGUGCUGUACUGCCGUCUGAUGGGGUGGCAGAUCUGCUGUGUUCCUUCAGUCUGUCAGCUUGCCCUCUGCGUUGUUUUAGGGCUUAAUUAUUCCCCCGUCUCCCCUCAUUUUGCACCUGGCUUUAGUGGGAAGAUGGCAUUUGGCUGAACCGUAUAGAAACGUGGGAUGAGCAUGCAGGUCUCAGGGCCAGGAGGGCUGGUACUUGUGGGCCAGGCUAAGGGGAGAUGGGAGUGGCCUUGGGUGUCCCCAGGCACCCUGUCUGAUUUGGCCUUUACUCUCCCAAAAGCUGCAGUAUGACUCAAGGGUUUCUGACUUUGGCUUCCAGCAGUAAUUUGGUUUUGUGCCCGAGUUUAUUUUAAGAAUUUCCUGAAAACUCCUUGAAAGGUCUCUUCCUACUCCAGGCCUCUAACGUCUCGUCCCCCCUCACCCCGCUUUUUUUUUCCUGCUUCAAUUCACUUUUCAAUCUUAGGGGUCUGGUUUCCAAACCUGCAGGUGUGCACUGCCUGGCUGCAGAUGUACAGGCCCCAGGUAGUCGGGCCAGUUCGAGAGCUUCAGGUAAUCCCUGAGCAGGCUGGAGCUGUGGCUGCCGCCUGGUGGUUGGCUGCAGGGCUGGAGGAGAUGGAGCAGCCGGGUGAAGAUCCGUAAUGCUGUCGAUUUGGCAAAUACCGUUUGGAUCUGAUUUAAAUCUGCAACUUGCCUCUCUAGCCCAAGAAACGACCUGUACAUAGGAAAAUGAAGGCCUCUCUCUUUGUGCGGGAAGUGAGUUGUGCAGCUCCUCACCUAUUUAGAUGCAGUGUUUCUUGAAAGUUGAUUGUUAAUAAAAACCAAAUUUACACUGGCAUGUGUGGUGUAGUUUCUAACAGGCACUUCACAUUUGAAGUUUUUCUUAGGAAGUUUCUAGUUAUCUAAAUGUCUAGUUUUGUAUCCUUUUGUGUAUGUUCACUGUUUCUCAGUAUUACCACUUGAAUAAUUCUCUGUACAGGGGGCUUGUUUGUGCUAUACACAGGGGUGUCUAAUUGUAGCAAUAAAGCAUUUCUUGAAAAAGGA